AUGGCGCUUCGUCGACCACAUCGCAAAUCCCGCCACGGCUGUCUGGAAUGUAAACGCCGUCGAGUAAAGUGCGACGAAAUUCGACCAACUUGUUCCAAUUGUGCCAAACGUCACUCAGAGUGCGAGUAUGGCUCAUCAACCUCGCUCCUCUGGGCAAAUGAGGAGCCGAUCGUUUUCCGACAAUCGACUUCUCGAACCUCAGGGUCAGACAAUGGCCAGCCCAGCGACUCCGUACUAAGCAGCCCUUCGACUGACUCGCUGCACGUCGGUAUGUUGAGUCAUUUGGGUGGGGACGGCCUGUCAAGGCCCACUGCAGCAACGAUGUCGACGUCGACGCCGACAACGGCCCUCAAUUUGCCCGAUUUGGAGCUGAUGAUGCACUGGUGUAACGACACGUACCAGACGCUUUCACGCAAUGAAAGCACAGACCGGGUAUGGCGCAAUGCCGUUCCAGAAGAGGCGCUUUCUCACCCAUUCCUAAUGCAUGGAAUCCUCGCACUCUCCGCGCUGCAUCUUGCCCGUACAGGGCCCGAUCCUUCGCGAAAGACCGCAUUUUUGAACAGGGCUGUCACCCAUCAGAAUCAAGCGUUGGCCUUGUUUCGUGAGCUUCUCAGCGAUAUUCGAGAAAGCAAUGCUAAAGCCAUGUUUGCAUUUGCCAGCGUGGUGGUGGUGUACACCUUCGGUUUCCCCCACACCCCUGACGCGCAAGAUCCCGGCAGCUGCAUCGAAGACCUGUACCAGGUACUCUUUCUGGCACGUGGUGUGCAGCAAGUCAUCCGCUCCCCAGCGGAGUAUCUCAGUCACACCAAUUUUGCCCCGAUAUUGCAAAUAGAGGAGAUCCAGACGGAAUUGCCGGAUGACGCUAACGCAACCAUCAACGAUCUGCACGAGGCAAAUGAGGUCUGCGGUGCGCAAAAUCGAGCCCACGAGACAGAGGUCUACACAGCCGCUAUCGAUAACGUUGCCGAGAUGCUUCGCUGGGUGUACGGUGGUAUGACGUCCAAUGUUGUGGCGGGCCGAUGGGCGAUCAAGUUGCCCUCUCGGUUUAUGGAAUUACUACGUGAGCGUGAGCCUAUGGCCUUGGUUCUGUUAGCACACUUUGCUUUGCUCUUACACUACCUCAAACAUCGCUGGUGCUUCGAGGACUGGUGUGGACGAUUGGCGAAAGCUGUUUGGAGGCUGCUGGAUCAUGAGUGGAGGUCGCUUGUGCAUUGGGCUAUGGUGGGUAUUCUAGGGGAAAAUUACCUUGAAAAGGUCAAGCCUCUAUAA